AUGGAUGAGAAGCAGUUAAAAGCAAGCUUAAUGAAGUAUUUCGGAGAAACAACAGCAAAAGUAACCAAAGAAACAACCGAAGAUGAAAUCAAACGUAUCUAUGCUGCACGGUCAGCAACAUAUGACGAGGUACUCUAAAAUAGUAACAUAAUAAUAAUAAGGGUCUGGGGGACGAUGUGGCACAUUGCCGUUUGACCCACCGGACAACUGAUGCAUCACUCAGCGUUGCGUUUCUCGAAUGUUCCAGUACUACUGGAAAGGGGCCCAAGGCGACACCAGACUUGUGUCGUCUUUAUCGAACAUCUCUAAUCGUAAUAACCGGCUUGAACUUUCUCAUCUUAUAGGAACAUUCAGCGGCGCGCACUUCAUAUUUCAAGCCACUGGCCGAGUCUUUACAUAAAGCCCUUAAAGAAGUUUACCAGGACAAACCAAUGGAUCAAAUCAAAAUCAUUGACGCCGGAGCUGGGACAGGUCUGAUUGGAGUUGAGCUCAAGAAACUCGGAUACACCAACCUAUGUGCUUUGGACAUCUCAGCUGAGAUGUUAACGGAAGCAAAGAAGAAAGAGAUCUAUACUGAAUUCAUUUGCACGUCUUUGAACGGGCAGCCGAUACCUCAAAUUAAAUCUGGGCAAUUCGAUGCUUUGAUUUGUGGUGGGGCGCUCAUUACAGGACGUAUCAGCUCCUCUGCUUUCGUGGAGAUGAUAAGAAUGGUUCAAACUGGUGGGUCUGAGUAUGAUUUUAGAUUGAGGACCUAACAUGUAAAAUCUUCUCACAAGUUUUUUGCUGGUUUGUUUUUUUUGUUUUUUUUGAAAACUCAAAUCGUGAGAUAGAUCAGGUAAUGAAGACACGUGUAACACCCUUCUUGAUAAAUUCCCUUGACAUCUGGCAUCUGACCCUCAAAUCAUCUGCUGGGGUCAAAUCUUGUCUCUGCAAAUUCGCUUAAAGAAUUUUUUGAUGUAUCAAGAGCACGCCCCCAAGCUGGUCUCUUCAACUUCUCUUUGGAUGAUGUCACAGGUUAUAGGUUAACCAACUCUUUGAGUUAAAUCUAAUGAAUACAUGGACAAAAAGGAAAAGAAUAAUGAAAAUUUCCUAUGAUAAAACCAGUUACAAGAUCCGCACUAAAUUCCAAUGUUAACUUCUUUGCAGAUGGCGUCCUCUGUUUCAACAUAAUGAAAGAGGAAUUAGAACACUAUCAAGAAAUGAUGACGGAGCUGGAAAAAGCUGGCGAAUGGAUGUGCAUGUGCAAAGAGUCUUCAGCUUUCUAUGCAGCCGAGGACUUGCCCAGUGAAUGCUGGGGGUUCGUUUACAAAGUUUUAAAGAAUUAA